GACUGUAGAGAUUACCUCAAUCAUUGAAACUCCCAGCUAUUUGCCUUUGUUUUCUAUGUGAGCAUAGAGUCUAUAUAUACAAGAAUCCAGAGGGCGUUUUGAGACUAUGAGCUGAAAGCCAAAGGCAUUCAGCGCUGAGCAUUUUGAAGCAAAAGCAUGGAGGAAGGGAGAAGCAGCCCUGGCGUUAAGAAGGAAUACAAAGGGCGAACGACUCCUUUUGUAGUGGGGGUGUGCAUCGUAGCGGCAACAGGGGGGCUUGUCUUCGGCUAUGACAAUGGAAUCUCAGGAGGAGUGACGUCCAUGGAUCCCUUCCUCAUAAAAUUCUUCCCUGCUACUUACAAAAAGAUGCACCAAAAAGAGGCCCACACUAACGCUUACUGCAAAUUCGACAGCCAGAUUUUGACCACCUUCACGUCAUCGCUGUAUAUAGCAGGAUUAUUUGCUUGCAUGGUGGCCUCCUCUGUUACGAGGACCUAUGGACGAAAGCCCUCCAUAUUGGUGGGCGGUCUGAGCGUUUUGGUAGGCGCUGUUCUCAAUGGUGCUGCUCUUAAUGUGGGUAUGUUGAUAUUGGGGCGAAUCAUGCUGGGCAUUGGCAUUGGUUUUGCCGAUCAAGCAGUUCCUCUGUAUCUGUCAGAGAUGGCACCGAAGCAAAUGAGAGGGGCACUGAAUUCAGGGUUCCAAAUGUUCGUUGCCAUUGGUGUCCUGUCUGCCAAUAUUACAAACUAUGGAACUGCUAAAAUCCACAAUUGGGGAUGGCGUCUCUCUCUUGGUCUAGCGGUCAUCCCCGCUAUAAUACUGAGCUUGGGAAGUUUAUGGCUUCCAGAGACACCCAACAGUUUGAUGGAAAGAGAAGGCCCUGAAAAGGCCAGAUCUAUGUUGCAGAGGAUUCGCGGCACUGUUGAUGUUGAGGAGGAGCUGAGUGACAUGAUGGAAGCAAAGAAAAUAUCAGAAACGGUGAAGCAUCCCUUGCGGAAUAUGAUGCAGAGAAAAUACAGGCCACAGCUUGCGAUGGCAGUGGUGAUUCCCCUGUUCCAACAACUGACAGGCAUCAAUGCCAUUGCUUUCUAUCUUCCGGUGUUGUUUCGCACAAUUGGGUUCGAGACCAAUGCGUCUCUCAUGUCUGCUGUUAUCACAGGAGUGAUUGGCACGACGGCUACGGUGCUCGGCAUGUUUGCUGUCGACAGAUAUGGACGUCGAUUCCUGUUUCUGCAAGGGGGAGUACAGAUGCUUGUUGCCCAGGUAAUAAUUGCUACUAUUUUGGGCAUUAAAUUUGAUUCUUCAGGCGAUGGAAGCAUGCCAAAAGUAUAUGCAUAUUUAUUAUUAGUGAUGGUUUGUAUAUAUGUCGUAGGAUUUGCAUGGUCAUGGGGUCCAUUAGGAUGGUUAGUACCAAGUGAGAUAUUUUCAUUAGAGGUGAGGUCAAUUGGGCAAAGUAUUGCAGUUACAGUGAAUCUAUUGUUAAUAUUUAUUGUUGCACAAGGAUUUCUUGCCAUGCUUUGCCACUUCAAGUUUGGAAUUUUUCUUUUCUUUGCGGGAUGGGUAUUUCUCAUGACCUUAUUUGUAUAUUUCUUUCUCCCUGAAACCAAAAACAUAGGCAUAGAAGAGAUGAAUAGUGUGUGGAGAGAGCAUUGGUAUUGGAAGAGAUUUAUCAAUGAGGAAUCGCCUAUACCAAUAAAAAUUGAGGGAUCAAGAAAAAUAGAAAAUACUCAAUAGAAUUGAGUACAUGGUUUGUAUUCUUCAAAUAUUACUUUCAAAUUGUUUAGACUAUUGUAAUCCUUAAUAAUUUUAAGACUUGUAUCUAUAAUUUCAAUUUUGAAUUAUACAUUUUGUUAGUUUUUUCA